CGCGCUCUCUCUCUCUCUCUCUCUGCAGCGUCUGCACACACAACACAUCUCACGCAGGACGACAGACAUAUUCAUACGUUGUCACUUUAUCCCAACAACUGAACCAGCGCGAGCUCCCAUCGCCCAUCCCCGCAUCCAUAAUCACUCCCCCACGAAAAUGCUCAACAAAGCUUCACUCUAACUCCGCCACCAAAAACACACACACAAUGCACACACUUACCUUACCCACACUUUUUCCCAUGCUCCUCCUCCUCCUCCUCCUCCUCUCCUCCGCCGCUUCCUCGGACAUAACCUCUGACAGAGCCGCCCUCUUAGCCCUCCGCUCAGCCGUGGGUGGACGCACUCUGUUUUGGAACUCUAGUUUCACCACUCCAUGCAACUGGCAAGGUGUCCAGUGCGAGAACAACCGCGUCACGGUCCUCCGCCUGCCCGCCUCCUCUCUCUUCGGCAAACUCCCUUCCAACAUUCUCUCUAACUUAACUCUUCUGCGGACUCUCAGCCUCCGCCUUAACCACCUCUCAGGUCCCUUACCUGAAGACCUGUCUCGUCUGUCUCACCUUCGCAAUCUUAAUCUUGAAGGAAACCGAUUCUCGGGUCCCGUCUCCGACUUCUUUUUUUCGCUCCGUUCUUUGGUGCGCUUAAGUCUUGCUUCGAACAAUUUUUCAGGUGAAAUUCCAUCUGGGUUUAACAACUUAACGCGUCUGCGUACGCUUUAUUUGGAGAAUAAUCAGUUUAGUGGUGUUUUGCCCGACAUUGAGCUUCGUAAUCUCGAGCAGUUUAACGUUUCUUUCAAUAAUUUAAAUGGGUCUGUGCCGAAAGGGCUCGAGGGAAAACCAAAGAGCGCGUUUUUAGGGACUUUGCUUUGUGGGAAGCCGCUUGAUAAUGCUUGUGCUGACAACGGUGCUGCAACUCCGGCUGCGUCUGCUGCGGGGAAUGUAAACGGGAGCAGCAAACCGGGGGAGAAUGGGAAAAGGAAGUUGUCUGGUGGUGCAAUUGCUGGAAUUGUGAUUGGUUCCGUUGUCGGGUUCUUUUUCUUGCUGUUGCUUUUGAUUAUCUUGUGUAGGAGGAAAAGCGGACAAAAGGGGAGGUCCGUUGAUGCAGAGGAAAUCAAGAAUCAAGAAGAUGAGGCAGGUGAAAAGCCAAUUAUGGAGGCAGAAAAUGGUAGAACAGAUAAUGGGAUUUCAGUUGCUACGGCAGAUGCUUCCGCAAUGAGUGCAAAUGGGAAUGCGGCAAGCGAAGAUGGAGGAAAAGUAGCUGCUGCUAAAAAAUUGGUAUUUUUUUGGGACGUGACGAGGGUGUUUGAUUUGGAAGAUUUGUUGAGUGCAUCGGCUGAGGUUCUGGGGAAAGGAUCUUUAGGGACAUCGUAUAAGGCAGUUCUGGAAGUGGGGACUGUGGUGACUGUGAAAAGGUUGAAGGAUGUGAUGAUUUCUGAAUGGGAGUUUAAGGAGAAAAUUGAAGGGGUUGGGGCCAUGGAUAAUGAAAAUUUGGUGCCUCUUAGAGCUUACUACUACAGCAGGGAGGAGAAGCUUCUUGUCUAUGAUUAUAUGCAGAUGGGAAGCUUGUCUGCAUUUCUACAUGGAAACAGAGGAGCUGGCAGGACACCGUUAAAUUGGGAAAUCCGGUCCCGGAUUGCCCUUGGUGCUGCUCGUGGCAUUGAAUAUCUUCAUUGUCAAGGUUCCAGCACUGCCCAUGGAAACAUCAAGUCCUCUAACGUCCUGCUGACUAAGUCAUAUGAUGCAAGAAUAUCGGAUUUUGGACUGAACCAACUAGUUGGACCUCCAUCCUCCCCGACACGCGUCACUGGCUACCGUGCACCUGAAGUGACCGACCCUCGAAAAGUUUCUCAGAAAGCUGAUGUGUAUAGCUUUGGUGUUUUACUCUUAGAACUUCUAACUGGGAAACCGCCUCUUGAGGAUGGACUAGACCUGCCGAGAUGGGUUCAGUCAGUAGUUCGGGAGGAGUGGACUUCUGAAGUUUUUGAUCUCGAACUCCUCCGUUAUCAGAAUGUCGAGGAGGAAAUGGUGCAGCUCUUGCAAAUCGGGAUUGACUGCACAGCUCAAUACCCAGACCAGCGCCCUUUAAUCUCUCAAGUUGCAAAACGGAUUGAAGAGCUCCGUUGUUCAAGCCUACAAGAUGAUCGAGAACAGCAUGAUUCUGUCAGCAACGCCGAGUAGAAAGAAAGGUGAAUUGCAUUCAACUAUGGAGUAUGAAACUCAAGAAAUACUAGUACCAAGUGUAAUGCACCUGGAAUUCCUCUCUUUAAACCAGAAGUAUUUGUUUGUUCAUUUGGGCCUUAUUCUUGUUUGUGCAAAAUUAACAGCUCAGUUUCUUCCCCCCCAUCUGCAUUCAGGGGGGUUUUCAUAUAUCAGUUCCCUCCUGUCUUGUCUGGUUCUGGGGGAAUAUGGUUGCUGUAAUUAUUUCUUGAGCUCUUUUCUAUCUCUCUUGCCGUUCUUGAAGGACUUCUUUUAAACGCUUGAACUGAGGUGAUUCCUCAUGUCAUAAUGGGUCCAAA